AUGUUUGAGAACUUUUCCUUUGGUGCUCCGCCGCCUAUCUCAUCGAAGGUCGCCGCCUUCACACACUCAUGGAAUUCUGUUGGCCCUGCGCCUGACGACGUUAGCAUUUCACCAUGCGCAUCGCCCAUCCCAUACGGCGACCUCACGUCACGACCACCCCGCCGAGGAGGAGCCGCCGCCUGUGUGUCUCCUCCCACGUCUGUCACCGACCUAUCGCAACACUUUAGUCAAUACAACCUUACGCGAACACAAGCACACACGGGGCCAAUAUGGUAUGACCCAUUCGCGAACACCAAACUGCCCGUAUCAGCCUCGCCACCCGUCGACGAAGGCGUCUUCUGCGACUCUGAAUCCGAACCAAACUCUCCUCCACGCGCUCCGUCCCCUUCAUCCUUUACUGCAAUCCGUCAACGCCGUCAGGCAAACACACAAUUACAGUGCGAUCCGGGACACCUCAAGUCGCUCUCCACACUAGUCCAGCAGAUGGUUACAGAGGGCCACCAAUGUUGCGUGCACUCGCCACCCUCCUGGAUGACAAUGAAGAGCCGCGCAUCGCAGUCACCCCCGCCGCCGUCUUCUCCCGGUAGCGCCGGACCGUCCUCGUCCUCAUCCUCGUCUUCUUCCGAGGCUGGAGAUGCCGACGAGGCUGCCGAAGAGACUAUGCGCCGUCGGCGACGCACUUCGCCGCGAUCGAUAAUGGAGCCUUCCAGGGUCCGCAAGAACUCCGACAUGAGCUACAGAUCGUCGUCAAAUACUCUGUACGAAUAUAAUCGGAAUCGAAGACAAAGUGCAGUCUCGACAAGCAGCAAGGUGCGCAAGUCAGGUCGAUAA